AUGGCUCCAGGAGUUUCCAGUUGUCAUUAUGGUGAAGUUGCUCCAUCUAUCUCCUUCUCUGGAUGUGGAUUCAUGGCUACCUACCAGUUAGGAGUCGCCCAGUGCUUCUUGAGUUAUGCACCCUGGAUACUGCGCACAGCACCCUCAGUUCUUGGUGCAUCUGCUGGAUCUCUGGUAGCAGUUACUGUGGUCUGUGAGAUGAACCCAAUUACCAUUCGGGAUGAAAUGCUGAAUUUUGCCAAACAGGUGAACGCUUUUACACUUGGGCCGUUUAACCCCUCAAUCAAUGUAUUCCAUUGGUUAGAGUAUGUUUUACGCAAACAUCUUCCUCCGGAUGCGCACCAAUUGGCUAGUGGUCGUCUUUCUGUGGCAAUGACCCGCCUGACCGAUGGCAAGAACACUGUGAUGUCUGAAUUUCAGUCCAAAGAGGAUGUCGUACAGGCUCUGCUAUGUAGCUGUUUUGUGCCUGGCUACUGCGGUCUGCAGCCUCCGUCCUACAAAGGAGAUUAUUACGUAGAUGGGGGUUUCACCAGCAUGCAGCCUGUACUGUCUGGAACCUGCAGUCAAACCUUGACAGUUUCUCCAUUCUCUGGAGACACCGAUAUCUGCCCCACAGAACCACUGUCCAGGUGGGAAAUGGUAGUGAGUGGAGCCACCCUGAACAUGAACAUGGCCAACAGCUUCAGGGUCAUCAAUGCUCUUUACCCCAUGGCUUUAGAGGAGCUGGAACAAGCCUACUACAGUGGCUACAAAGACGCCAUUCAUUUCCUUCUGCGUAAUGAUCUUGCCCCAUAUAUUAUGAUACAGAAACUAUCCCAAGAGCAGCUCAACUAUAACCAAGGUAAAACGUGGACCCAUGUGAACACCGCCAUAGAGGAAGAUGAGGAGAUGAACGCAAAAAAGAUGGAGGCUACGCUGACAUCUUUUAUAGGCAACACACACAUGCAGACGAUGCUGAUGGGCGACUCAAACGGAAAUCAAGCAGUUCAAGAAUCUCCUCUCCAUUUUGACAUGGUAAAGAAUGUUCUGCUGGGCAAUCCCUUGACUUAUGUGAGCAUGUUCGGACUCCCUGCGAGAAUCCUAUCGUACCUACUCCUUCCUGUCAUGCUGUGGUUUUACGUCGUACUCCAGAGCAGCCAGAGAAUAGAGCUGCUGUUCAGGCAGGCUCCAGAGUUGGUUUUCUGGACCUGGUGUACCAUGAGAUGUUAUAUCUUCUUCCUUUCCAACAUAUUUGUCCGUACUCUUAAGAAAAACAUGGCCGACAGUGGCUGA